UCCACCAGACGACACUAGUUUAUUCAAUACGAUAUCUUUCAACAUGAUUCGAACCGACGAAGUCGUGUCCUUGAAGUGUGUGGUUGUAGGAGACGGUGGUGUAGGGAAAACAUGUAUGCUGUUCAGUUAUGCAUCAAAUACUUUCCCAACAGCUUAUGUGCCAACAGUCUUUGAUAAUUAUGCAGUAAACCUCACCGUCGGAGACUCGCUAGUGACGCUAGGGCUAUUCGACACAGCUGGGCAGGAAGCCUACGAUAACCUCCGGCUGCUCUGCUACCCCGGAACUGACGUGUUCCUCGUGUGCUUCUCGGUGGUCAGUCCGACAUCCUACACCAACGUCGCCGAAACCUGGAUCGAAGAGGUCCGAAGAAACACUCACAAAAACGCACCCGUUAUUCUAGUGGGAACUCAGACGGACUUGAGGGACAGCAGUAAAGUUAUCAACGACCUCAGGAAGAAGAAGCAGAAACCGAUCACGACUGAGCAGGGCGAGACAUUGGCAAAGCGAUUAAAGGCCGACUGUUACGUGGAAUGCUCGGCGCUGACGCAAAAAGGACUCAAAAAUGUUUUCGAUCAAGCGAUUCUGACUGUGUUGGAACCGAAAAAGAAACCAGCGGGAAAGAUGAACAUCUUUCGGUCAUGUUUGCCGAGUUCGCGACGAUGAACUUUCCGUCAGUUCCCAGCAGGACUUUGCAUUUAUGUGAUAAUUAAACACUGUGAUAAUAUCAGAUAUUUUAGGUGCUCUUGACCGUGACUGCAGGACAAACGGCAAGGGUUUUGACCUUUAGCUCGUAUCUCUCUAAUAUUCCGAGAAACACUGGAUGCCAGCUUCUGAUAUUGUGGCAUAAAUCGCCUUCGUACUUAUAAUCUCAUUCCUGCGGAACUUGCUUAUACGUAAUCCGGGUGCUGGCGUAUUGUCAGCAUUCGUUCUUCCACUUGAACCCGUAGUUACCUCAACUCAAGGAUUACCAGAUGGCGAGCUGAUAGGUUUUGUGAUAUCGACUUGGAUUAGGCAAAUCUUUUUACAAAACGUGAUUAUAAGUAUUUAUUUCCGCAAU